CGAAGAUGGCCGCUCAGAGAGGUGGGCUGUUGGCUGGGGUGCCAGCGAGAGUGGGGGUGGGUCGCGUCCUCGGACCCUUCCCGACUUGAUAUACCAGUAUUCCCACUUUCCUGUGUGGUGCAGCAGUAUGCCUGGGGGAAGAUGGGUUCCAACAGUGAAGUGGCUCGGCUGCUGGCUAGCAGUGACCCACUGGCCCAGAUCUCAGAGGACAAACCAUAUGCAGAGUUUCCUGUUUUUACAGCUGUGGAUGGGGGCCCACCCCCGGGGAGAUGCCAAGAUCCUUGACAACAGCAUCUUGCAGAAGACCCUAGGCCAGUGGAUUGCUGAGAACCAGGACUGCUUGGGUUCGAAGGUCAAGGACACCUUUAAUGGCAAGCUGCCCUUUCUCUUCAAAGUGCUCUCAGUCGAAACGGCCCUGUCUAUCCAGGCACACCCUAACAAGGAGCUGGCAGAGAAGUUGCACCUCCAGGCUCCACAGCACUACCCCGAUGCCAACCAUAAGCCAGAGAUGGCCAUUGCCCUCACCCCCUUCCAGGGCUUAUGUGGCUUCCGGCCAGUUGAGGAGAUUGUGACCUUUCUGACAAAGGUGCCCGAGUUCCAGUUUCUAACUGGAGAUGAUGCAGCAACACAGCUGAAGCAGAGCCUGAGCCGUGACUCCCAGGCUGUGGCCUCUGCUCUGCAGAGCUGUUUCUCCCACCUGAUGAAGAGCGAGAAGAAGGUAGUGGCGGAGCAGCUCAACCUGUUGGUGAAGCGGAUCUCCCAGCAAGUGGCUGCUGGAAACAACAUGGAGGACAUCUAUGGGGAACUCUUGCUGCAGCUGCACCAGCAGUACCCAGGUGAUAUCGGAUGCUUUGCCAUCUACUUCCUGAACCUGCUUACCCUGAAGCCGGGGGAGGCCAUGUUUCUGGAGGCCAACGUGCCCCAUGCCUACCUGAAAGGAGACUGCGUGGAGUGCAUGGCAUGUUCGGACAACACGGUGCGUGCUGGCCUGACACCCAAGUUCAUCGAUGUGCCAACUUUGUGUGAAAUGCUCAGCUAUAUCCCCAGCCCCAGCCAGGACAGGCUUUUUCCUCCAGCACGGAGUCAGGAAGACCCCUACCUCUCUAUCUAUGAUCCCCCUGUGCCAGACUUCACCGUUAUGAAGAUGGAGGUGCCUGGCUCCGUCACUGAAUAUAGGGUCUUGGCGCUGGACUCUGCAAGUAUCCUCCUGAUGGUGCAGGGGACAGUGACAGCCAGCACCCGCACAGCCCAGGCCACAAUCUCCCUGAAGCGUGGCGGGGUGCUCUUCAUUGGGGCCAAUGAGAGUGUCUCACUGAAGCUCACGCUGCCUAAGGACCUGCUGAUGUUCCGUGCCUGCUGCCUGCUGUAGAGGCCACAGCCUUCCUGGCUCUUCUCUGCCAGUCACCCUACAUCCUGGCCAGCCUCACCUCCUCAGGCCCAGCCCAAAUCCCUUCCCUGUUCCGGGCUCUUUGGGUAUACCCUGAAAGAGCUGGGGUAGAAGAGCUUGAAGUCAGUGACUCCUGAGCAGGCCUAGGCUGAACCGUCUUCUUCCUGGUAGGAGGGGCCCACGUGAGAACUGAUACUCCCCUUGUAUUCUUGCCACCCUUGAGCCAGGCUCUCCUCGAUGCACGAAGCUGCAGCUGUUCCAGCCUAUAGCAUUAGGCAGAGUGGUGAAAUCUAUGAUUAGCUCAAUAUCAGUCACAGCAAGAUAGGUAAUUAAUUUGGAAGAACAGGGUUCUGGCCCCAGGACUGCCCAUUUCCUCAGUGCAGAGAAGGAGGGAAAAGGGUAGGCCUGUGGACUAAUGUUGCUGUGUCAAAGCAAUUAAAGAUCACCUGUGUUGAGGCCUGUGGGCUAAAGAGUACUCAGCCUUUGCCAUUCCAGUCCCUGAAGCGGGCUGAAAGAGCCCUCCCUGGAUGUUGUCCAGUUUUUGCUUUAUUCCUGUUUCAGACAGCUUCCUGAGGUAGGCAGGCUAGACUCCAGAGGCCUUAUAAAGGAAGGUGUGGGAGAGAUAGCCUGCUGUAGCUUCAGCUGCAGAGCUUGCAGGCAAACCUUGGGCCCUCCAGCCCUGCACACAGUGGAAUAUGGGUCUAAAGAAAGGCACUGUCAGUGCAGAGGUUCUUCUCUCCAGUGCUUUAGUUGGCUUUAGGGCAGGGAUCAUCAGGCUAAGGCCAGCAGGCUGGAUCUGGCCACGCCCUUUCAUUUACAUACUGUUCAGCUCCAUUCAGGCUACAAUGGCAAAGUUGAGUAGGUGCACCGAACUGUAUGGCCUGCAAAGCCAAAUGUACUGACUGGCCCUUCACAAAGGUUGUCAAUCACUUCUCUAGAGCACAUUAAGUCACUGUAGAUACAGGGACUAAAGGACAGGACAAUCUAAUUAGUGUUGUGAAGAGAAAUCAAGCUACUUUUUUCCUACAAUGGCAGGAAGUACCUAUGAGGGCAUCUACUCUCCCUGUGCCUACCCUCUAGAGGUGGGACACACCCAGGAGAUUGCACAGCUGUGUGUUUUGCCACUGAAGUUUCUGACUAGCAGUCUUAGAUGCUAUCACCCCAGACUAAGCAGAGACCCAGGCUAGUAGCUCCUUCCUGUAGGUAAGGGAUUAAUCUCACACAAAAGAAUCUUUCUGGGCUGCUGCCCACACUAGACCUGUACAAUGGAAUUCCAGGAAACUACCUUCAAAAAAGUUCUAGCCAAUC